AUGUCGGACGAAGCUUCUAAUGCGCAAGGGGAUAAGCCAGCCGCUCUUGGUGCCGGAAGACCUCGCACGUUGACCAAAAAGCAAAAGAAGAAGCUUGCCGGAGAGAAACUGAACGAAGGUAACAGGAAGCGGAAGCUUGAAGCUGAGGAACGGGAAAGACUGGCCAAAAGAGCCAGGUCUGGUUCGGAAGAGGAGGUCAAUCGACCACGUAAAGAGACAUCGACUUUGAGUCCGUUGCCUCUUCAAAAUCCUCUAGUCCAAAACCGGGUACCUCUCCCUGCAAAUGCUCCUCCCCCUUCUGCCAAUCGGGAAUUAUCAGAAGAGAGACGCCAAGUUCGGGAAGAAGAAGAGCUGGCGGAAGAGCUGGCAAGGAUUGUGGAGCAACGAGAGUUAUCCGCGAUGGUGGAAGAGGGCCGGUUGGACAGAGAAUUUUCGGAGGAGGAGGCAAUGCGAUGUGAGCAAGAGAUUAGAAGGCAGGAGGAGGAGGAGAGAGGAGAAGGAGGAGAAGGAGAAGGAGGAGAAGAAGGAGAAGGAGGAGAGGAGAAGAAGGAGAAGGAGGAGGAGGAGAAGAAGGAGAAGGAGGACGAGGAGAAGAAGGAGAAGGAGAGGAGAGAAGAAGGAGAAGGAGGACGAGGAGAAGGAGAAGAGGACGAGGAAAAACGAAAUUGGGAGAGACUCUGA